CCUCCGCCAUCUUGGCCUUCUCCCUUGCUUCGUGGCGGGUUUGGUACCCUGGAUGGUUACCAUGGAGAACCAGCAGUUGCAGGCACCCACUCCUAUCAGCAGCGCCAGCACCACGGCGACCACCAACAGCAACGGGCGCCAGGCCGGGCCUCAAAUCUCCGUGUACGGCGGGAUCCCCGAUCGCCAAACUGUCCAGGUGAUUCAGCAGGCUUUGCACCGGCAGCCCAACACGGCCGCCCAGUACCUGCAGCAAAUGUACGCCGCCCAGCAGCAGCACCUGAUGCUCCAGACGGCCGCCCUCCAGCAACAGCACCUCGGGAGCACGCAGCUCCAAAGCCUGGCUGCCGUCCAGCAGGCGAGCCUAGCAGCCAACAGGCAGAGCAGCACAUCCAGCAGCAAUGGCCCCACGCAGACCACAGCUCAGCAGCCCACGAUAAACCUGGCUACAUCCCCAGCUGCCGCCCAGCUCAUCAACCGGGCCCAGAGCGUGAACUCUGCCGCCGCCGCCUCGGGCCUUGCUCAGCAAGCGGUCCUCCUGGGCAACUCCAACAAUCCCACCCUCACCGCCAGCCAGGCCCAGAUGUACUUGCGGGCUCAGAUGGCUCAGCAGAGCAGUCUUGUGCAAGUAGCUAGGACCCUAGGCCGUCCUGUCCCUUUGUCCCCCCAGCUCAUCUUCACGCCGACGGCUACGGUCGCGGCGGUACAGGCUGAGGGCGCCCCGACCACCACCACCACCCAGUCAUCGACCACCACGGCUCAGGUACAAAACUCGGCUGUCCGCACCCAGCUGACAGCAACCCAGGGGCUGACGCAAGCACCGGGCCAGCAGCUCCCCACCUUGGCCAUGAAGCCGGCCCCGAGCGGCAGCAACCAUUCCUCCUCCUCCUCCUCUUCCUCGCCGGCUUCUCAGGGCAAGGCUGCCGGGCCGGCUCCUGGCGCCAAGGCGGGCACAGCCGAGCACCUGCCAGAGCACCAUAGGAAGGGCGAAGGCGGGACCGGCGGCAGCAACGGGACCGGCGGCAGCUCAGACGGGCGGGGGAACGCCACCAGCCGGACGGUGACCCCCGUCACGACGCAUCCAUUGAUCGCCCCGGCCUAUUCUCAGCUCCAAACCCACCAGCUCAUGCAGCAGCAGAAGCAGCUCCAACACCAGUUUGUGAUCCAGCCGCAGCUGCAGCCCCGUCCCCUGCAGCUGCAGCCCGUCCCCGGGCCCACCCCGAGCCUCGGGACCCCGCCUGGCCUGCAAGCCCAAAGCCACCUGCCAAGCCAGGGCCAUUCCGCCCACCUGUCGCCCUGCCAAGCCGCCAGCCAGCACAAGCCCGGCUCCAGCCAGCCCGCCCAGCACAUGGCGCACCCUUCCGGACCCCUGGCGCUGGGGCCCCAGAGACCCGACGGCAGCCCCACUAGCCGGCCCACCGGCUGCCCGAACCACACAGCGCAGCGGAAGUUCCAGCACGCUUCAGCCGUCAUCCUCCAGCUGCAGCCCUCCGUCGGGACGCCGCCCACCGGUGUCCAAGAGAACUCCAGGAAGGAUGCCUUUCCUGUCGAGAAGCUGCCGGCGGAAUCCCGGGCAGCUCAGCCGGUUCUGCCACCCCAGGGCACCGCCGUGACAACGACAACGGCUCCUCCCGAACCACAGGCCUCCGAGUGCAUUGGGAGCCCGCCCCACGAGGCCGGCCAGGAACGGGUCCGCUCGCCGCCGGAGACCAGCGCCCCCGGCAUGACAUCGGGGAACGGGACCGCUGCCUCCACCGUCGCCAGCGCCGCCCCCCACAACGGUGAGAACAAGCCGCCCCAGGCCAUUGUGAAGCCGCAGAUCCUGACCCACGUCAUCGAGGGCUUUGUUAUCCAGGAGGGGGCCGAGCCGUUCCCGGUGGGGCGCUCUUCGCUGCUUGUGGGGAGCCUGAAGAAAAAGUAUGCGCAAGGGCUCUUAGCCGACAAGCCUCAGCACCAGGACAACACGACCACCACUGACUCUGAGAUGGAGGACCCCUAUUUGCAAGAAUCCAAAGAUGAGGGGUCACCCCCGAAGCUGAAGUGUGAACUCUGUGGUCGCCUCGACUUUGCGUACAAGUUCAAGCGGUCGAAACGCUUCUGCUCCAUGGCCUGUGCUAAGAGGUACAACGUGGGUUGCACAAAGCGUGUGGGGCUCUUUCACCCCGAUCGUAGCAAGCUUCAGAAGCCGAGCGCCCCCACGCAUGGCCGGCGCCGGACCUGCAAAGGUAGCCUCCCCCCGCUCAGCAAAGAAAGCAAGAAACAGGCGCCGGUUUCGCUGCCGCCCGGCUCGGGCCCCAUUUCGGUCAGCGGCUCGCUGCAGCACGCCCACGCGCAAGAGGACUCCAGCCGCUGUUCGGACAAUUCCAGCUACGAGGAGCCCCUCUCGCCCCUCUCGGGCAGCUCGUCCGCCUCCCGCCGGCGCCAAGGCGAGCGAGACAUGGAGCUGCCCGAUGUCCGCGUCCGGGACCUGGUGGGCAUGGGGCACCACUUCCUGCCCAGCGAGCCCACCAAGUGGAACGUGGAAGACGUCUACGAAUUCAUCCGGUCCUUGCCCGGUUGCCAGGAGAUCGCGGAGGAGUUCCGGGCGCAAGAGAUCGACGGCCAGGCCCUGCUGCUGCUCAAGGAAGACCACCUCAUGAGCGCCAUGAACAUCAAGCUGGGCCCCGCCCUCAAGAUCUACGCCCGCAUCUGCAUGCUGAAGGACACCUAGGGGCUCACUGGCCGGAUGCGUUUUCCAAGGGGCCGGGGGGGGGCGGGGAAGGCGGAGGAGGAGGCCUCCGGGCCGCAGCAGCAGCGCCCCCCCGCUGCCCCCACCCCACAACAGAACCUGAGCACAAAGCCCCCUGCCGACGGAAGGGGUGAAGAGAGACAGACCCCCGCCCCUCUUAAGGGACUCGAUGUCCCGAUGGCCAACUUAGGGGGCUGUACAUAAUAUGUAGCGUUAGCGUCCCUUUCCACUCUCCCCCCACCCCCCCGUGGUGGCAGAGGGGGUGGUGUGUCCUGGGGCCGGGCAGGAGUGUGUGUGUCUGUUUCGGGGCGGGGGGGGGACACACGCCUCUCCUCCUCCUGAGAGUCUCUCCUGCUUCCCGGAGGCACCGGACCCCCCCCCCUCCUCGGAUCGGACCGAUUGACUUGAAACCUCAAAGCCAAACAGGAUUGUUGCCUUAACUUUUCUCGUGUAGGCGUGCGUGUGCACGUGUGUGUGUGUGUAUGCGUGUGGCGCCACUUAGUGCCCUACUCCCCCCCACACCACCCGCGUUUCCCGUGGGAAUUGCCUCCCCUCCCAUGAGCCCAGGAGCUGCCGGAGGCAAGGCGCCCCAUCAGGGACGUAUUGCCUCCCUCCCGGCGGUUUCUCUUUUCUUGGAGCCAGGUCUUCCGCGGGAGGCACCUCCUCGCACUCGAGGCCCGUUCUUCAUCUGCCUCCUACGCUUCGGGAGCUGAUCUUCAACUGCCUUAAAAGACCCUCCAACCCCUGCCACAAACAUUGACGCCCACCCACCCCCGGACCCCAUCCCAUUUCAAGGCAGGGCAGGAGGGGCCGGCCCUCUCCCUCGAAGAUGGGGCUGGCCUCCGACGACGCGUCAAGAGUGGCUGGUCUCUCCUUGGGCGAUCAGCGGGGCAGGGGUGGCGAAGGGCCGGGACCGCAGCUGAGCUGCUUUUCUCCCCCCCCUCACAACUUUUUUGUGCGUGAUGCCCCCCUCCCCCCUUAACCUCCUCCGUGCUGGCCACUCACCGCAGACUUCUGGGCUGCAAACCAAGGACUUUCUACUCGUUUUCCCCACACACACCUGUGUUUUUAAUAAAUUCCUUUAAAAACAAAUGAAAA